AUGAAAAGCUUAUUUAUAAUUCUUUCGGAAUUAAAUAGUAAAUAAAGAAUAUAAAAAGCCGUAAGGCAUUUAAAUGAUGCAAUUUUAUUAAGAGCUGUUAGACAUGAUAUUGACAGUCCUAUUUAGAGAAAAUCUGUUGUAUUUAUUUAUAAUUGGUAAACUAAUAUUAUUUGGAAUGAAAUUUUAUUUUUAACUUCUUUUAUAUAUCCUAUGUUAUCAUUUUUUGAAGAAAUUGUAGACUAAUCAUAAAUUUAUAAUAAGAUUUUCGUUUGUGAAAUAGGAUUUUUAAAUGUUUUUUUAUUCGAUUUGUUUCUUGAAACAUUUCAUAGAUUUUUUGAUAAAGAUAAAUAAUUAGUUGACUCUUUUAUUUAUAAUCAUAAAUAUUUAUAAAAAGUUUUGAUAUUUUUUGUUAUAUUAGCAGACUUUAUUUAUUAUUUAAACUCUUUUCCUAAAAAUAUUAUUAGAUUUGGAAAAUAUAUAAGACCAUUUCUUGUACUAUUUUAUUCAAAAGAGUUAAGAAGAACAUUUUAAAGUAUUAUUUAGUCUUUAAAAGAAAUUAUUUAGCUAAUAAUAUUGGUUUUAUUAAUAACAUUUUUUUUUGCUAUUAUUGGAUGGAAGUUUAUUGGUGAUUUAGAUAAUUAAAGUAACUUUUAAAAUAUUACAAUUGCUUCAAAUAUUUUAUAUUCAUUAAUAAGUUUUGAUGGGUAUCCUGAUUGUAUGAUGCCAGCUUACAGUAAAUAUUUAUUAUAAUAUAUAUAAAAUUAUAUUGAUAAAAAAUUAGAUUAUUCAGUAUUUUAUAUAAUUUAUUUUCUUUCUUACCUUAUACUUUAUUUAUUAAUAUUUAUUCCUAUUCCAGUUGCAGUCGUUUUCGAAGCAUUUCGAGUAAAAAUUUAAUUUUCAAUUUAUAUUCAGAAACACAUAAUUUUUUUUUUACCAAAUAACAAAAAAAAGAACUCUAGAAGUAAAUUAGUUAUAAUGGAUAGAAUUAAAUAAAAAGAGGCUCUAUUGGCUUGUUUUGUCUCUUUAGAUUUUAGCGAAUCUAAAUGA